AUGGCGGUUUGGAAUGGUGCAGACGACGCCGCGGUCGACAAGAUGGCCCCGAAUCUUGCCCUCACGGAAAGCCUUCCACAAGAAGGCAUCAGCGACAUGAUUAGCGACAGGCACCAGCUGCCGACAUCCCUCUGCAACCUCUCCGAGGAAGAGUUGGACAAGAUGAAAAGACACCUGGUUCGAAAGCUGGAUAUGCGUCUCAUGGGUCCGUUGAUUUUGAUGUAUAUCAUGAACUACCUCGACAGAAAUGCCAUUGCCGCUGCAAAGAUCUCCGGUAUAGUGGAAGACCUGGACCUCAGUGAUUCUCAAUACCAGACCUGCGUCAGUAUUCUUUUCGUCGGGUAA